CUUGAGAAAGCGUCAUUAGAAACUUGAUUUUCUUCAUCCUUUUAUUUUAUCUUAUGGUUUACAUGGAAUGAGCCAGGAUGGACUUUACAGAGCACCUACAACCAGAGCUGGUGGACAUGAUUUUGUCAUAUCUGUCUCCCAAUGAGCUCAGCGUCUUCUCAAAGUGUAGUGUCAUGUGGAGGGAAGUGUCAAAUAAAGACAACCUUUGGUUGCACCACUGUAUGGUUCGAGGUUGGCUGAGGUUUGGUCUCAGUGGUGAACUAAGCACAGAGAAUCAUCUCAACAUCCAGAUGAAUGUAGCUGGCAACUCCCCAGUCUUCCAUCUCUAUGUGCCAGAAGAUUCCCGACUGUCUUCAUUGUGUAAGUGGAAGAACAUAUUUAUCCGAGUGAAACAUCUCCAUCAAAACUGGAGGAAGGGCAGGUACACAGUCUCCCCCAUGUUGAAGGGUCAUACCGAGAAAGUUACGGCAUUUGCAUGUAAUGGUCGCUGUGUAGUAACGGGGAGCGAGGACAAGUCACUGCGUAUGUGGGACAUGAGCACAGCUAGCUGUCUUCGAAAAAUGGAUGGUCACAUGGACACCAUCACCAAAAUCAUCUGGAAGGGCAACACAAUUAUCACAAGCUGCGCUGACAGUUCUAUACGAGUGAUUGACUCUAAUGAACUGAAGAUUCUGUUUUCCCUGCAAGGUCAUAGUGGCAGCGUUGACCAUUUGGCCCUGGUUGGCAAGGUGCUAGUUUCUGCUGCAACCGAUAGAACUGUAAGAUUAUGGUACUUGCCAGAAAGAAAGUUGAUACACAUUCUCAGAGGCCAUGAAGAUGAAAUAGAGUGUAUGUGUAGCCAUGGUCAGCAUGUAGUGACAGGAUCGUGGGACAACACCCUGGCAUUGUGGGAUAUUGAACAUGCGGAGAUUGCUCAUAUGUACGAGGGACACAGUGAAGCUGUUACAUGUUGCUGGUACAACGGUGAGAAGAUAGUAAGUGGAAGUGCGGACAGUGAUGUUCGGAUAUGGCAGAUUUCCCCACCAAAAUGUCUCCACAUCAUGCAGGGACACCAGGGGGAAGUGUAUUGUUUAACAGCGACUAAUUCUGUCAUAGCAUCAGGGUCUUCCGACAGCACAGUCAAAGUGUGGGGAUUCGAUGGUCGAUGUCGGCACACCCUCCAAGGUCAUCUAGGUGUGGUCCGCUGUCUCCACAUCUGCAAUGAGAGACUCGUUAGUGGAGGCGACCAGAAAAAAGUCAUUAUAUGGGACUAUAGGAAAGGGGAGCAAAUGAACAUUGUCCAUCGCCACCCAUCCCUGCUACACCAGAUGUGGGUCAGCGAAACGAAGCUGAUCACUGCGUCACCUGAGAGACCCGGAACUGUCUCUGUCAUCAGCUACUGGUAGCUCAAGACUUAACCCAUUAUAAGCUAUUGAAAGUCGGACACUUGACCCUGGAUCAAUCACUUUGGUUCAUCAAGGCAAUAACGCAGCCUUUGGGCAAAGACAGACCUUUAUAAACUCUCAAUCAACAACAACACUGGAACAGCGUUCGUCAUCAGCUACUGGAAGCAUGUGACUACACCAUUUCACUUGACUUGAAGCUAUCUAUCGGGUUGAACCAUAAUGCAGCCUAUGGGUGCAGACAGACCUUUAUAAAAUUUUAAACAACUACAACAACAACAACAGCAACCAUCGAACAUCAUCAGCUACACCAUCACAAUCGACCGGGAAGAUGGAGAAGCUGGUUGUGACCUUUUAGACUUGAAAUAAAUAAUUGCAUCAUCAAAUAAGAAAUUAUUAACUUGGCUAUUAAGACCUAUGACGGUAAUAUAUAUGCCACCAACUCUUUGACAGGAAAAAUCUGUCUUCUAUACUACUUGUAUAUCUUUUUUCUAAGAUGCUUCUAUAGUUAUUGGCGAAAAGGCUCAAUCAACCCAGCGGCCCAGCCAAUCUAAUAGUGCAGACUAGAAUUGUGGAGCUUAUGGUAAAACAAAUAUCUGUGUGUUUUGGGAUUUGAAAAAAGUUUUAUAUAGAAAAAUCAUUUACCGGGUAUUUUCUAGAAAAUUCAGUUUUGAAUUAUUAUGAUAACGGUGACAUAAAAAAUGUCAAGCUCUGAUGGACGUUUCAUGUGUGUCUCACCAAGACAGCUGUGUUUUUUGAAAUGUGUAAACACAAGUGUGUGAUUAAUGAUGUAAGUAAAUGAUGUAACGACAUACAUUUGAUGCCUAAGCUUGAGUUGAUUUUAUGUGGAUAAAUUUAUCCAGCUUUGGAGCAUUAUAGGUAGAAAUAUUUACUUUUUAACAGCAUUGCUUACAUGACUGUGAUAAUUAUGUUCUACAAAUCCUGUGAUUUUCAAAUGAUUACAUAUAUUGCAUUGUAAUAAGUAUCUAUGUUGCCCACAUACCUAUGUUUUUUAUUUGAACCCAUACUUCAAAUGUAUAUUUAAAAUUUAUUUGGUUUAAGUGGCCUGAAUAACUCACAGAUUUAGUUUUAUCAUUUAAAUAGGCAAAGUUAGUUUCUGUUUGUUUGUUUAGUGGAAGUUACCACUGUUCUUAAAGAAAACCCUACCUACUGACACACUGUCCGUCCAGCCAUUACAAACAUGUCUUUAAGUACAACAUUAUAAGGAAGUUGACAUCAUGUAUAUUACAUUAUGUUUUAGUUACACCAACCUUGGUAUCAUGUUUAUAACUGGCAUUAGAUGAAAUUUUAGUGUUCAUUUUGUGCCAAACAAACUCAGUUGCAUGCACAUGCAGCUUACAAACCUGCUAUAACAACGAAUUAUUCCAUUGUUGUAUUACAAUAUAAAAAAUGUUUUUAUGCAAAUUUGUUUUCUCGUUUAUUAAUAUUGAUAUGUUGAUUUGUUAUGUUUAUAUUUUUAUACCAAUAAUAUAAUUUGUUUUGUUUUUUCUAUAACAUAUUAUCUAAGUUGGUAACCUUAAAACACAUAUUGAUCAUUUUAGUUUCUAAUUUUCAGCCUUUUUGUUUUUCCGUAAAACUAAAGGGACAUUAUUAUGGAUAUUUAAAUUACUUUUUUUGUCAAUAAUUACCUUUCUUGUUGUAUUGUUACCAGACGUCUACAGAACUGGAAUACAGUUAUGGUUUCUAUAUAGUUAAGUAUAGAUUAGUUUGCUGACAACAAAUAACAGCAAUUCUGACAACCAUUGUAUGGCCAUGAGUUUAUGUCCAUGUCUGAGUCAUACGAAGUGUGCAAAUAUAUGUAUAAUAAAUAACAAACAUCACCAUCUCUGGUCAAAACAGCCACCUUUGGGUCUCACUCUGUUCCAGUAGUCUGGCAUAGGGGAUGAAAUUAAAUUAAAUGAAUUUAUUAACGAUGCAGAUCAUCUAUCAGAAAAUUGUUUGAUCAAUGUUUUUUUUUCAUAAUGUUCUCAUAAAAUGUCAAACAAAUCGUUUAUUCACAAAUGUAGACUUUGUGAUUAUAUUUUUAUAAAAUA